AUCAAACACUAACUAUUCUUUGUCCGUAGCAAACUUUACCUCAGAUUAAAAUGUUGGGGCGAUCUAUAUUGGUGUCGCUUCUGGCGAUUUGUGUGUCAGCACAAGAGAGAUCAUCCAGCCAGUUGUCUCGAUCAUCCUUUUUACAAGAUGGAGGUCAAUCGUCCUGGUCAUCUUUGCCAAACAGUGUCGAUGUUAGACCCCAUAACGAACGUACUAUUGGGACUGGCUCUCUUUUACGAAACCAGGGUUCCCGAAUACAACCGUUCAAUGUACCUGAUUCUACCGAAUUUGGAUCUCUGAACUUGUUUAAUAGGGAUAGUAACUCCCUCUUUAGUAGUCAAGGCUCCAUGUUGCAACCAGCCGACUUAGGAUCUCGUAACCUACGUAAUCUUGACAGUAGAUCCCUAUUUAGAAAUCAGGGUUCCAUAUUAGACCCGGGUGGUAUUCCUGUCAGUCCAUACAGCUAUGAACCGUAUAGCCUUGGAUCAUCUGCAUCAGACGGAUCAAGGUUUAUGGAUAUAACAAUGAGGGGCCAAGGCAUGCUCAAUAGAAACCCACGGAUGAAUCGAAAUGAUAUGUUUUCAUCAAGGGGUCUUAACUUGCCCAACCUCCAAUCUAGCUUAUUACCCAGGAACCAGGGAUUAUCUGGUUUUUCAUCAGACGGAUCUUUCUCUGUCCUUGACGGCAGGUCAAUUAGGAAUGAUGUGUCCGGUUUCUCCAGAAGCAUGCCUUGGGAAAUGUCUCGUGGGUCAAGAACAAUGAAUUCAUUUCCAUUUCAAUUUCCUGACAGAAGAAACCUAAACGUUCCAUCAAUGUCGUUGAGUCAACGACAAGGAGCGCCCUGGAGGCUUCUUAGAGGCACUCAGAGUUCACAAAGGGGAUCGGGUCAGCUUGCUCUAAAUCGUGGAUUGGCAGGGCGAAUAGGAAACGGACUGGGAUUGAAUAGAUUAAAUAUGCAACGCGAUAUGUCCACAGGUCCUAGGAAUGUUUUGGGAAGUUUGGGUCUUAAUCGUCAAAUGAAUGGCAUAAUGUCAUCAAACAGCAGAUCUGGGAAUAACGACCGCCCAAUGGAUGAAAUAUCGGUAAUGAGAAACAGAGGAAAUACCUUUUCUACUGGAAUGUUGGGCAAUAACGAACCCCUUAUGAAUAACAUGUGGGCGGCACAAAAUCCCCAAAACAACUUGGUCGGAAUACCAGUGACACCAAACCGUCUUACUCAAUCAUCACUAACAUCGAACAUCGGUCGAACCUUUCCAAGGCUUUCGUCUUCUUUGAGUAGAGACCUCGGGACCUCGCACUAGUAGGACGACGGUAUACCAGCCAACUUCUGGUUCACAGAUUGUUGGUCAGCGCCGGGGAACAGGGAGAAUAGCAUCUUUCUAAAUAAUUCAUACUUAUUGUUGUUCAAAAUAAACUGGUCUCAUGAAUUAAAAAUUGUUCUUGAUAAUUAUUACUAGCUUAAACGUGCAUGGUAUUUAGGUUUGCUCAUUAGAACCUUACAUGUUUGUUUCAAAAUGAAAGAAAAAAU